AUGUCGAGAGCUGAAAAGGCAAUCAUUUCAGGGCUUCAGUCAGAGACAGAAUAUGUCGUCAGGGUCCGAUGUGAUUGUGGUGUAGACGGCGGAAGCAAAGAGAGCAUCACUGUCAAUGUCAGCACAAUACAAAUUUCAUUCAAAAUGUAUCACAAAUCGCCCUCAGUUAAUCAACUCACUCUGGCAGAAGAAAACAUGGACAUCUUUGGAUGCCGGAGGUUUAACUUUGGCAAAGAAAGCACGAUGCAAAAUCGCACAAUAAUGGUUCUUGGAGCGACCGGAUCAGGAAUGUCCACUCUGAUCAAUGGAAUGAUCAACUACAUCCUAGGUAUAAAAUGGGAAGAUUCAUAUCGGUUUAAGUUAGUUGAUGAAGGUCAGGCGAAAUCACAAGCUCACAGCCAGACUUCUGAAGUCACUGUGUACAAGAUCAACCACCAGGAUGAUUUUAAAAUAGAUCACUCACUGACCAUUGUGGACACUCCAGGGUUUGGAAAUACAAGAGGCAUAGCAAGAGACAGAGAGAUCACAGAACAGCUACGUAAUCUCUUCUCUGCUGAGCACGGCAUCAGUGACAUUGACGCUGUGUGUUUCGUAGCUCAGGCUUCUUUAGCACGACUCACUCACACACAGAAAUAUGUGUUUGAUUCGGUGCUGUCAAUCUUUGGCAAAGAUGUGGCGGACAACAUCCAGAUUCUGGUGACAUUUGCAGACGGCCAGCAACCACCAGUUCUAGAGGCAAUCAAUGCUGCAGAUGUCCCAUGUCCUAGAACAAAAAACGGGCUGCCAAUUUACUUCAAAUUCAACAAUUCUGCAUUGUUGGCAGACAACAAAUCAUCUGCAGCAGACAACAUGAGUGAUGAAGAUGAAGGAGGAGAAUUUGAUAAGAUGCUCUGGGACAUGGGGACAAAAAGCAUGAAGAGGUUCUUUGUUGCUUUGAAUAGCAUUGAAACCAAAAGCUUGAUAAUGACAAAAGAGGUCCUCAGAGAAAGAAAGCAGCUUGAGAAUUCAGUUGAAAACUUGCAGGAGCAGGUUAAAGUCGCGUUAACCAAGCUUGAGGAGCUAAAAGAGACAACUGCGAUACUUAAAGAUCAUGAGGCAGAGAUCACCAGAAAUGAAAAAUUUGAGCUGAAAAGAAAUUACCUGAAAGCCUCAGAGGCUAAGGUAACUGUUCAGGCGGUGGUUGUAGAACUGAAGGCUCAAUACCAACGUCUGGAGGAUAAGGUAGUGAACCUGAUGGAGAGCUCUGGUAAGUGCUUAAACAGACUUAAAGAGAUAGCACUGAAGCCGAAUCCUCUCUCUACUCCAGAGUACAUUGACAUGAUGAUUGAGGGAGAGAAAUCUGAGGCCAAGUCUGGCUGGAAGCAACGAGUUGACUACCUGAUAGCCAUGAAAACAAAAGCAGAGAUCAUGGCUAAAGUAGGCAGAAGAGAGGAACUCCUCCCUCAUCAAGAAUCUCAAAUCUAGGCCAACCAAAACCAUGAUGAGACCAAAACAGAUUCCAUCAAGACCAAGACGAGACCUAUUCUGACAUGUAUAUAAAAAUAACUGUAAAGGAUUGUGAGUGACACUGAUCAAGGCCCAGACGGGACCAAGACUUUUUAAUGGCUAUAGCCAGUGUUACGACGACACAAGUUCACGGGACCUGUAGUUUAUUUUUUUUCAGUGCUUAACUAGAAACUGUUGUAGUGGAACUGAUUUUUUUUAGAACAUAGAAAGUAAACUUUGAAAGAAAUGCUGAAUGAGAGAUUGUAUUGAGUUACAGAAGCCAGUG